CAAGUGACAUCAUCUCGAACUUCAUGUACGUUGACGAUGUGCUCGCAGGCACUCACACUAAGCAGUCGGCAGUUUUAGCCAUCGAGGAGCUUCGGCUGGCUCUUGAGAGUGCUGGUUUUCCAUUACGGAAGUGGACCUCGAACGAAAGAAAACUCCUACAAGAGGUUCCAAAGGAGCACUUGAUUAGUGCAGACUUUCUGGAGCUUGAAGAGGCUAGUACGGCGAAAACUCUUGGGAUCCGUUGGCAAGCUACAUCCGUUAGUUUCUUUUUUAUUCCAAUGGUGAUCAACCUCCAAACUGCUUACACAAAACGAGAGGUUUUAUCUCAGAUAGCCAAACUGCUCGACCCAGCAGGAUGGCUAUCACCUUUCGUAGUCCGAGCCAAGAUUUUUAUGCAGAAAAUUUGGCUACGGGAGCUGGGCUGGGAUCAGCCACUCCCCAGGGAUCUCGCGACCCAGUGGCGGGAGUUCCUAGAAGGGUAUCCUGCCCUGAAGGAGAUUCGUAUUCCGAGAUGGGUACGUUUCCAUCCAGCUGCGAAACUUCAGUACCAUGCGUUUUGCGACGCGUCACAGGACGCCUAUGGGGCUGCUAUUUUCGUCCGAAUCGAAACGAAGGAAGGCUGUUGUACUCAUCUACUUACAUCCAAAACCCGAGUCGCUCCUGUCAGAUCCAUCUCGAUCGUUCUUGCAUGGCUGAGUAAGCCAGCGUGCACCUGGACAACAUUCGUUGCCAACAGGGUCGCAAAAAUCGAACAGUGUACCGGCGGAAGCAAGUGGGGACAUGUACGAUCCGAAGACAAUCCAGCUGAUCUGGCAAGCCGGGGCGUCUCACCCCAAGAGCUGAAGGACAGCGCACUGUGGUGGCGUGGGCCAGCUUGGUUGCACCUCAAACAGGAGCAGUGGCCGAGUGAGUUGUUGGUCCAUCCGGAGACUGAGCUUGAGCAGCGCCCCGUCAAAUGCCACACGGUCGCAGUGCCCUCAGCAGUUGAAAUCCUAGAGAGGUUCUCAGCCUUUGACCGAGCUCUGCGAGUUCUUGCUUAUGUGUUUCGUUUUGUGAAAAGUUGCCGGAGGGAAGGUGUAGCCUCAUCGGCAGAACUCACUGCGGCGGAGUUGUCGGAGGUGCAGGAGCGGCUAAUUGUGCUCACUCAGAAGAAUGAGUUUCCCGCCGAAUAUAAGGUUUUGAGCAACAAGCAACCAGUUCCACCCGCAAGCGCAAUUUCGAACCUAAACCCCUUUCUUGACGGGAAUGGGGUCUUGAGAGCAAGCGGCAGGUUACAAGCAUCUGAAAUGCUUAGUUAUGAUGAAAAACAUCCGAUCAUCCUUCCUGCACGGUGUAGGUUCGCCGAACUUCAAGUCUUGUUUAUCCAUCGCAUAUCCUUGCAUGGGGGGAAUCAAUUAAUGAUCCGACUGAUCCGUUCCAAAUUCUGGAUUCCCAAGCUUAAAAUGUUGGUGAAACGAACAAUACAUUCGUGCCGAGUGUGUGUUAUUCACAAGAAGAGACUGCAGACGCAGUUGAUGGGGAAUUUGCCCCGUGCGAGGUCCACGUUUUCCAGACCGUUCACCCAUACGGGAGUGGACUUCGCAGGACCAUUUGACGUCAAGAGUUAUGUCGGUCGAGCCUGCAAAAUCACAAAGGGGUACGUGUGCGUUUUUGUGUGUUUUACUACCCGGGCUAUCCACCUCGAAGCGACCUCGGACUUGACUACAGAGAAGUUCCUGGCCGCAUUCUCCCGUUUUUUCGCUCGGCGUGGGUGUCCACAACACGUCUACUCUGACAACGGGAAAACGUUUGUUGGAGCUUCCACGUCCUUAUCAAAGGAUUUCAUUGAAGCUACCAGAACAUCGGUUUUAUCGCAGCACAGUCUUCAGAAUGUGUCCUGGCAUUUCAACCCUCCUGGCGCACCUCAUAUGGGAGGGCUUUGGGAGGCAGGUGUGAAGAGCUUCAAGUCGCAUUUUUACAAGUACACAGCCGCUGGGAAAUACACGUUCGAGGAACUGACUACCCUCCUGGCGAAGAUUGAGGCCUGUUUGAACUCCAGGCCCAUCUCGCCAAUGUCCGAAGAUCCCACGGACCUUAUCGCUCUGAGCCCUGGGCAUUUUCUAAUCGGUGGACCAUUACUUGCGGUAGCAGAACCUGAGGUUAAAGAAGGUCCCAGCUCCAUUAUCAAUCGGUGGCGGAGGUUGAAAGCCCUGAAUCAGCAGUUCUGCCUGCGUUGGAAGGAGGAAUACCUAAAGGAACUCCACAAAAGGAAUAAAUGGAAGUUCCCAACGCGAGAUCUCCAGGCUGGAGACAUGGUGGUGAUCAAAGAGGAGAACUUGCCAUCCAACGAGUGGCGACUUGGGCGUAUCCAAGUGGUCUGUCCCGGCGUGGACGGCAAGGUCAGAGUGGCAGACGUGCUCACAGCACGGGGGGUCGUCCGGAGACCAGUGGCAAAAAUGAUCCGCCUUCCAAUGGACAGCCCGAAUGAGUCGAAAGACUCCUCCAUACUUUAAGUAUUUGAAAACCUGCUACUGACGAGUCCUAAGUUGUGUCGUCCUACGUUGUCCAUGUGUCAUGAUCAUUCGCAUCUAUCUCAUUUAAUUUUUAUUUUGCCCAUUUCUUAUGUAGCCGCAUAU